GCUCGGACUUCCGGCUUGAGAGCGGGACUGAGGCUAGCCCAGGAGGGGAAGGGAUGAGAGUGAGUUGAGAAGCUGGUUGAGAGAGACGCGGCCUGGGGUGGGCCGGCGGGAGUCCUCAGGACGCCUUGGCAGGGUCUGUGGCAUUUUGACCGACUGCCGACGUCUCCCAGAGUGACCCGGCCGGAGGGAAGAAAACAAAGCUGGAACUUGGCAGCCGCCGCUGUGGAGCUGUGCUCGAAGCCCACGGACUCGCAGCACCGGCCCGCAUCGGCCUCGUUCUCAGGAGACCCACCACUGCCGCCCCUCGAGCUUCCUCGCUUCACCAACUCCUGUAACUCUCCCCUAGUCCACCUCAAUUUAGAAGCCCAAGUCGGCUCCCCCGGUGCGCGACCUUCCCCAUCUGUCGCCCCGGAACUCUUGCCGAGUUCUUACUUCGUUCGGGAGGCGCGAGCAAGAGACCCAGUGUUCGGCACUUGACUUUGGUUCGGGGUGGAAAUUUGUAGUUUGGUGUUCAAGGGGCGGGGCAGACACCAGGAGCUUCUGGAAGGACGGCGGUGGUUCUAGGGGAGAAUAGCCGGCGCUCGCUGGACAGAGGCUUUUUGUUGUCGUUCGCCAAACGUUUUGACCGAUUUGAUCUGGGGCGCUAAUGAUUUACCUGAGGUGGGAGCGAAGCGGACAGAUUUUUCUUUUCUCUGCAACUUCCUGGGGAUACUCUAAACGUCACCUAGAAAUGCAGUUUUUAAAAGGUCAUUUUCACCUUGCCUAUUGAUUUGCUGUCCUGAAAAGGUACUGCCUCAGAAGGCCACUUCGAGCAUAUUGAAAGUCAGGCCGGCUCUGACAAGGUUUUAAACAUGUAAAGAUACUCUCCUCAGAUAGCGCCAUUUCUCUCUACUCUAGGAUAAAACUCCUUUUUACAGAGAGACUCAUCUGCAGGUGUUUCUCCAAGGGCAUGCAAAGAUAGUGUAAUAAGUCCUAGAACCCAGACAGUGAGGAGAGAAACGGCUUUCUGCUGUGAAAGAUGGCCAAACCCACUCGGAGAGGAAAUGGCACAAGCUCUGAAAGCUUACGACAGCGCUUCAGAAGAUUCCAUUACCAGGAGGUGGCUGGGCCCCGGGAGGCUUUCAGCCAACUAUGGGAACUUUGCUGUCGGUGGCUAAGGCCGGAGGUGCGGACCAAGGAGCAGAUUGUAGAAUUGUUGGUGCUAGAGCAAUUCCUGACUGUGCUACCUGUGGAGAUCCAGAACUGGGUACAGAAGCAAUGUCCAGAAAAUGGAGAGGAGGCGGUGACACUGGUGGAAGAUUUAGAAAGAGAGUCUGGAAGACCUGGACAUUCGGUCACAGUCUCUGUGAAGGGGCAGGAAAUGCACUCGGAGAAGAUGACACCCCUGAAAUCAUCACAGGAGUUAUUAAGUGUUCUGCAGGAGUCAGUGGAACCCCAGCCCAAGGGUGUAUCCAAGAAAGAGAGGGCAAGAAGGCCAGCCCUGAGACUACAGGAGCAGAUGAACCCAAAGGAGAAUCUCAGACCUUUUCAAAGGAGCGGAUUUCCAUUUCCUAAACCCAAUGUGGUGUCCAGGUUGGAUCAAGGAGAGCCAUGGAUCUCAGAUCUGCUUAGCUCCAAGGAGAAGGAUGUCCCAAAAGGCAACACAGGAACCAGUCUAUUACCAUCCAAGAGAGAGAGAACCUGCUGGGUGGAACAGGGUCACUGGGUAUUUGAUGAUGAGAAGGUGGUGGGUGUGCACUGGGGCUACAAAGAGACUAGAACACUCCUUGCAAUUCUCAGUCAGACUGAAUUUUACGAAGCGCUCCGAAACUGUCACAGGAACAGCCAAGUGUAUGGGGCUGUAGCUGGGAGGCUUCGUGAAUAUGGUUUCCUCCGGACUCUGGAACAGUGUCGGACCAAGUUCAAAGGCCUUCAGAAGAGCUACAGGAAGGUCAAGAGUGGUCAUCCACCCGACACCUGCCCCUUCUUUGAAGAGAUGGAAGCCCUGAUGAGUGCCCAGGUCAUUUCAUUGCCCAUUAAUGGCCUGGAAGAGGCAGCCUCCCAUUCUGCCCAGGCAGGCAGUGAUGCUGAGACGGAGAAGCCAGGGCAGAGGGACUGGCAGCAUGAAGAUGGAGAGGAGGCUAUAGCUGAAAGGUCAGACAGUGAUGACCCGGAGGCAACCCCCCAGGACCCUGACAACCCACCUGCACCUGUCCUGUUCCGAAGCCCAAGUGGUGUACACUGGGGCUAUGAAGAAACCAAGACUUACCUUGCAAUUCUCAGUGAGACUCAGUUCUACGAAGCCCUCCAAAACUGUCACCGCAACAGCCAGUUAUAUGGAACAGUUGCUGAGAGACUGUGGGAAUAUGGCUUCCUUAGAACCCCAGAGCAAUGUCGUACCAAAUUUAAAAGCCUACAAACCAGCUAUCGGAAAGUCAAGAAUGGCCAAGCACUAGAAACCUGCCCCUUCUUUGAAGAAAUGGAUGCUUUAGUGAGUGCCCAAGUUGCUGCCCCACCUAGUGAUGACCAGGAGAAAGAAACAGUUUCUUGUUGCCUCCAGAGAACCAGUGAGGCUGAACCUGAGAAGCAAGAUGAGGACACAGAAGAAGAUUCAGAUGAUGAAGAUGAUACUGAAAUACCUCCAGAGGCUGUUAUAACCCGUGCCCCAGUCUUAUUCCAGAGCCCCAGUGGUUUCGAGGCUGGAUUUGAAAAUGAAGAAAAUUCAAAACGGGAUAUUUCUGAGGAAGUACAGCUGCAUAGAACAUUACUUGCAAGGUCUGAAAGGAAAAUUUCCCAUCAUGUUAAUCAAAGUAAAGCGAGUAAGAAUAAAUGCUCAUCAGAAAGCCAGUGGGAAAAGACUCAAAGAGAGGAACAAAGACAACUAGCAUUCCCAGAGAAGAAUAUAGGUAAAGUCCUGACCUAUCAGAGGCCAGGCUUGGAAGACAGACCUUAUAAAUAUGUCAAGUAUGGCAAAAGCUCUGGUUCAAACUCCCAUCUCAGGUAUCCGGUCUCCCAUGAGGUAGAGAACCCAUAUAAAUGUGCUGACUGUGGGAAAAGCUUCAGUCGGAGUGCACGCCUCAUCAGACACCAAAGAAUCCACACCGGAGAAAAACCGUAUAAGUGUCUUGACUGUGGGAAAGGUUUCCGUGACAGUUCCAAUUUCAUUACCCAUCGGAGAAUCCACACAGGAGAAAAACCGUAUCAGUGUGAUGAAUGUGGAAAACGCUUCAACCAGAGCUCAAGCCUUAUAAUUCACCAGAGAACCCACACAGGAGAAAAGCCUUAUCAGUGUGAAGAGUGUGGGAAAAGCUUCAAUAACAGUUCUCAUUUCAAUGCACACAGGAGGAUACACACAGGAGAGAGACCCCAUGUGUGUCCUGACUGUGGUAAGAGUUUUAGUAAGAGUUCUGACUUGCAUGCACAUCACAGAACCCACACAGGAAAGAAACCUUAUGGGUGCCAUGACUGUGGCAAGUGCUUCAGUAAGAGCUCUGCCCUUAGUAAACACCGAGAGACUCAUACUCGAGAAAAGCUGCUGUCAUAGUCAGUGCUUAAGCCAGCCCCUGAGGAAGGGCCUUGGAAACUGUAGCACUUGCGAAGUCCUUUCCUGCUUUGUGCCCAGCUGGCCUAGGAAGCACUCCUCAGGAUUUUUUACCACUUUAUUUCUUGUGCUUCCCAGAUCUAGAUGAGGCCAAUGGCAUCAGCUUCAAGAUUAAAAAGUAGAUUUUGGUCUGACCUGAUGGUAAUCCCUCUCCCCUCUCGGUGCCUGUGUUGUUCCCUGAGAGAAGAUAUGGUAGUAUAUGCUGAGAGAAGAUAUGGUGGUAUAUGCUGUGGAUCUCACCUGUAUCCUUCACUCACACCGUCAUUCAGUGCACGUCAAUUGGAAAACCUGUUUCAGCAGUUUUUCAAGAAGCUGUGAGACUUGGGCCAUUUCGCUCACUUAAACCUGUAUAUACUCUUCAUUUAUCUUUAAAGAGUUUAAAGUCCAUCGUGGUUCUAUCUUUUCCCAAGAAUCUGGAGCUGGGGAUCUAUCUAGCUCAGUGGUAGAGCACUUGCCUAGUAUGCACAAGGCCUUGGGUUCAAACCUCAGACAGAAGACAGACACACACACACACACACACACACACACACACACACACACACACACAAAACCUGUACAUGUGAGGGGUGGGGACAGAUAGAGUGAAACAAUGUAAGUUUUCUAUAAACACUGAAUUUCUUAGUUUCUUCCAGAAUCUACAAGGACUCUGGAAGUAUAUCCUACAAUAGAUUAUACUGCAUUUAUAGCAUCUUGAUUUUUUUCCUUUCUUUUCCCUCCUUGCUGCCGCUGCCUCCUCCUCCUCCUCUCCAUCUAAAUUGCACCUGUCCCUUGUGGACUAGCAGUCAAAAGAGCAAACUAGAGAUGUGGCGAUAGAAAAAGCAGUUAAAGAUGCCCACAGGAGUCAUCUGUUUCUCCUACACUCCACACACCUAGUAUAGAGUCAUGCAGCCAAUGGGUGCUCAGUACUAAUUGCCAUUUCCUCAAGUAUAGGUAAAACACACUAUACCCUAAAUGACAAGGAAAGUGGUGAUGCUACCAGUCUGUACACACACACACACACACACACACACACACACAACUAUAUAUAAAUAAGAGUAUCUAUUUAAGCACAAAAUUACAAGUUUUUACAAUCAAUGGUAUUGACUUAAUUCCCACAUAUUCAUAGAUGUAUGAUAAAAGCCUUGUACAGUACAAGUGAAAACACCCUACUGUGUCCUUAUACUGGAAAACAGUUAAUACAUAGACAUAGGCACAAAUAUAUAGUUGCAACAUUUAUUAUUUCUUGAAAGGCAGGGUCUCACUACGUAGCCCUGGCGACCUGUAGCUUACUAUGGAGAUUUCACUGCCCUUGAUCUCAGAGAUCCGACUGCCUCAGUCUUCAAAUUGCAAGUAUAGAAGUACAGGUGUACAUCACCAUGAAAACUGGCAACUGGGUUAAAGACAUUUACUAAGCCUAGUAGUGUUACUACACAAGACAUACUCUUUAACAUAACUUGCUCUGAGAAAAGUCUAGAAAGUCAGCAUUCAAAGGAAGGAAAGUAACUGGGUAAAUUGGAGUGGGGCAGACUGUCCAAAACUAGUUGUAAAACUGAUGCUAGGUGGGUGAGAAAUGGGAAAACAGUGAAGCAAAAGAGGAGAAAAUAUAAAGCUCACUAAAGCUUGAAGUAGGAAAAAACCUUAAGAAUGCAUGAUAGAGCCGUAGAGUCUGCAGAGAAUCAAUUAGCAGAGACAGGGAAAGCUACAGGGAGACCCUGAGUUGUACUGAGCUGUGGAUACUGCUGAGAGGAAAGCAGCAUGGCUCUGGGAGGUGAGUUUAGGAGACUAGCUCCUUUGGGAGAUAAACAGCAGAAAUUACUGUCUAUUGAAGAUACUUUGAUGAGCAGGUCAGAGAAAAGAUGACCAUGGCCAGAUGGCCAAGACAUGGAAUAACUAAUUUUCACAUUUAUUAAGAUCUGAGAUAGUAGCAAGGAGAAAGACUAUCCUAAAAUUUAUUAGGAUGAGUAAUUAAUUGUGGUUCUGGUACUGAGGAAUUGUAAACAAAGAAGUAACAUUAGCAAUAAAGGGAAAAUGGUAUCUCAAUUAUGCUGCCUAAGCAAGCAAGAAGGUACAAGAAACCCCUGUCUAACGCAGGGCCUCAGGAUCCGAGACGGCUUUGGAAGUGAACUGCAAUGCCAAGGAAGAUGAGAUUAUUGUGAACUGCAAUGUCAAGGAAGAUGAGAUUAUUAUCUUUAGUAUUAAUCUGUCUAUGUAUAGUAUUGUGGAAACAGGCAUAAGGGUAUUAGUAGACAGAUGGUUCCAAAUGUCUUGUAUCUUAAACUGCUUCUGUUUCUCUUCCUAUAAAGCAAAAUAAUGUUUAUACCUAGUCUGCCUCUCAGGGAUAUCAUGUUAAUAAAUGUUAUGCCAAUAAAGUGCUCUGUUUUUCUUCA